AUGGAAGGCUCGGGUACGGCCGGCGCCCGCGGCGGUGGGGGCGGCGGGCCGGCGCCGUUCCUGCUGAAGACGUACGAGAUGGUGGACGACCCGUCGACGGACGCGGUGGUGUCCUGGAGCGACGCGUCGGACACGAGCUUCGUGGUCUGGAACUCGCCCGAGUUCGCCGCGCGGCUGCUGCCUGCCUACUUCAAGCACAGCAAUUUCUCCAGCUUCAUCCGGCAGCUCAACACCUACGGAUUCCGUAAAAUAGAUCCAGAGCGAUGGGAAUUCGGUAACGAGUACUUUGUCAAGGGGCAGAAACACCUGCUGAAGAACAUCUACAGGCGGAAGCCUAUCCACAGCCACAGUCAUCAACCAGGUGCGCUGCCUGAUAACGAGCGUUCAUUCUUCGAAGACGAGAUCGACCGGCUUGCACGAGAGAAAGCAAACCUACAGGCUGAGCUCUGGAAGUCCAAGCAGCAGGAGUCCGGAACCAUGUUCCAGAUUGAAGCCCUGGAGCGACGAGCGGUCGACAUGGAGCAGCGGCAAGGCAAGAUGAUCGCCUUCCUGCAGCAGGCCAGCAAGAACCCUCACUUUGUCGGUAAGCUUGUCAAGAUGGCAGAGGCAUCCUCGAUGUUCGCAGACGCUUUGCACAAGAAGAGAAGGCUAUCCGGGUUAGACUACGCCGUCGAGGCCACGGAAACGGCUAGCUUCUGCGAUGACCAUAGCCCCACUUCCAGGCAAGAAACGGGCAACCUUCUGAACCAGCACUUCUCCGAUAAGCUCAAGUUGGGGCUCUGCUCCGCGGCGGCAGAGAGCAACCUCGUCACCCUGAGCACCCAAAGCUCGCACGAAGACAACUGUAGCCCGCAUGGCAGGCAUCCUCCAGGGCAUGAAGGAAUGGGGACAGGACGCCUUCCUCUGGUACCACAGAUGAUGGAGCUCUCCGAUACCGGGACGUCCAUCUGCCCCUCCAAGAGCUCGUUCUUCACGCCGGCUGUAAACGACGAAGGGCUGUCGCCGUGCCAUCUGAGCCUAACUCUAGCGUCGUGCUCGAUGGAUGUCGACAGAGGUCAAGCGUCCAAUGCAGACGGGAGCACCACCGUCGACGAGGGAAGCGACAACCCACCGGAGGCCACCACAGCUGCCAUGGGCGUUAACCAGAAGGCAUCAGUCGAUGCCGGCACAGCGGAAGCACUGAGGCCACGAGAGGAUAUGCGGGUGGCCACCGAGCCGGCAGCUCCUGUCAAGGCGAAUGACAACUUCUGGGAACAGUUUUUGACGGAGAGGCCGGGAGACGCGAGCUCUGGCCCGAGGGAUCCUUCCAUGGACAAGGAGCAAACGGAAAGGGGGGAGAAGGAUGACACGGAACAGCUGAAACUCUGA